AUCCAUCACGCGUGAAGUCUCCCCGAGCAGCGGUAACGGCAUGGAAAACGCGAUAUUCCAGGUCCAACUGGCUUCAGUAUUGCUCAUCUGGUCAUCCCCUUGCUCCAACCGUUCCUUUUUCUGUCUCCAGCAAGGAGGUUCCGUCUUCGGCAAGGAUACAAGCCAUGUCGCAGAGUGAUUGCGCAAACCCACAGUUACUCGAAUGGGUCAAAGAAUGGUAUGAUACCGCUCGGGAGCGGAGUUCCAAGGGUAUCACGACAUAUAAGCAUGCCUACGACUCAUUGAAGGCAUGUCCUAUUGAGUUCGAACACCCAUCUCAACUGCAACAACUCAAAGGUUUUGGGCCGAAGCUCUGCGACCGACUCACCCAGCAGUUGAGGAAAUACCGUGCCGAGAAUGGCCUUCCCAUGCCUGAGCAUCCUAGUCUCAAAAAGAGGCCAGGCAUUAGCAGCCAAGAUCCAGAAGGUGACGAAUCUGGUCCCCGGCCUGCAAAGAAACCGAAAACCGUCAAGGCCUAUGUACCGGCAUACCGAUCCGGGCCAUAUGCCUUGUUGUUAACUCUGUCGACUCACGACAAGGAUGCCUCUAUUGGAAUGACAAAAGUGGAUCUGAUAGAAGAGGCUCAGCAGCAUUGUGAUGCCUCUUUCACCGCGCCCGCUGAUACGACAAAGUUUUACACGGCGUGGAACUCGAUGAAGACCUUGCUCCAGAAAGAGCUCGUCUACGAGAGAGGGCGGCCCCUGAAGAGGUAUGCCCUCACGGAAGAGGGGUUGGCAGUGGCAAAACGGAUCAAGCAAACUGCUCAGAGCAAUGGGACGGUAGACGGACAUCGUGAAGGGCCCUCGACGACAGGCUUUGCCCGUAACGUGGACAGGGCGGCCACAGACUCGCAAAGUAGAGGAAUAAUUUUAGAUGACGAGGAUGACCCACCUGCAAACCAGCAACAAUUCAGGGACGUCAUCGCACAAGACACGAACUUUUCCGAGUCUUCAGCUCUCCCGGCCUUUACCUCUUUCAGGCUCGAGCCUGGGUCUUUCUCUGUUCAGCUGGUGCUAGAUGUUCGAGAAGUGAGAGCCAAGACCGACCGGGACUAUAUGCAGAACGAGCUCGCGAAGAAAGGGGUCAAGCCGAUAAUGCGAAGUCUCGACCUGGGCGAUGCCAUGUGGGUGGCUAAAUGCAACGACCCCAACCUUCUUAAUCGCCAGGGCGCAGAAGGAGACGAGGUGGUUCUGGACUAUAUCGUCGAGAGAAAGCGGCUCGACGACCUGAUUACAAGCAUCAAAGACGGGCGCUUCCACGAGCAGAAAUUCCGGCUACGACGGUCUGGGAUACGGAACGUAAUCUACCUUGUCGAGGAAAUGGCGCUGGACUCGCUCCACUUCCAGAAAUACGAGGAGGCCGUCCAGUCUGCCAUUGCUUCGACGCAAGUAGUUAAUGGCUACUUCUUAAAGAAGACGCAGACGAUGGACGAUUCGAUUCGGUACCUGACCAGGAUGACGUUGUUGCUCAAGAGGCUCCACGAGAACAAGCCUCUUGAUGUGAUUCCCACCAAAGUCAUUACAGCCCAGAACUAUUUGCCCCUGCUCAGCCACAUCAGAGAGGAAAACCCCUCGGCAUCUUACCACGUCAGCUAUCCGGCAUUUGCGUCUCUUGCGUCCAAGUCGGACACCAUGACCUUGCGCGACAUCUACCUCAAGAUGCUCAUGUGUACCAAGGGAGUCACUGGCGAGAAAGCGGUCGAAAUCCAGAAGCGGUGGAGGACGCCUUACGACUUCGUCCACGCCUUUGAACAGUGCGGCGCGGGCGAGGAAGGAAAGAUACGGAAGAGAGAAAUGGUAUUCAAGGAGAUGGCCAAUCUUGUGGGGCGGAAGAAGAUCGGCAAAGCAGUCAGCCAGAAGAUUGCUGAGGUAUGGGGCGAUGCCUGAUAUUGCCUGGUCCAUGGCUCAUCAGCGAGGUUGGGGGCUGGGUGAAGGGGAAAGGGGGGAGCCGCGGUUUCAGUAUCUUUCCGACAGUCCGCGAUGAAGACAUAGAGGGGUGGCGCAAGCCUAGUGAAAGAUCCAUAUCUAGCACUCACUUUUCAUACCUACACAAUGAUUCUCGCUACGCUGCCUUGUCGCCAGACCUCCGAGCCACGACCUUCUCCACGAUCUUCUCCAGCAGCGGGAUACCUCCAGCACCGCCGUCCAGACCGGUCAGAUAGCCGGUCAGCGUCUUCUCGGCAUACUUGGCCAUCAUGUCCACCUCGAUGUUGACCGUGUCGCCGACCUUCUUCCCCGCCAGGACGACGCGCUCCUGGGUGUAGGCGAUCAGCAUGACCUCGAGCCAGCCCUCGUUGUCGUCGACGGC